GCCAGUCAGUUGAGCUGUUGCUUUACAGCUGUCAACAGCAGCUUAGCCCGCGACAUUCACACGCAAAGACCCCGUUCCGGGCGACCGUGUCCAGUGUCCAGGCAACCAAGCCAAGGCAUCUUGUGACCAGCCAAUGAUCAGUGUGACCACCCAGUGAUGCAACAGUAGGACCAGCCUUUCAACGAUGACUGAUUACAAAAAUGGCAGCAGCCCGGCCAGCAUUAACAACAAUAUUAACAACAACAACAACAGCAACAACAGCAGCAACAGCGGCGCGCUUAGACUAAUAUUGCCCAAGGAGCAGGCCGAGACGCCGCAACAAACAAAGUAUGAGGAACAGCCACCCAAGCAGACAACAACAACAACAGCAACAACAGGAGCAGCCGCGGCGCAUCCAGAUAAUCAUCCCACAAAGAAGAAGCGGCGGGACAAGAGCGACCUGGGCGAUGACUUUGUGGCGCCCGACGGCGGCUGGGGCUGGUUGGUGGCCGUCGCCAGCGGCAUCAACAUUCUGGUCACUUUUGCAUUGGCGCAACAGUUUGGCAUCAUCUUUCGCGCCCGGUUCGCCAACCUGGGCAUCAGCAACUCGGAGUUGACGACCAUCAUCAACACUCAGAUAGCCGUCUCCGCCUUCACAGGUCUGCUGAACGGUCCAUUGUUCCGUCGGUAUACGUACCGGGUGGUGGCCCUGGUCGGCUCGGUGCUGACCUUUGUGGGCCUGUUCUGGAUGGUGUUUGCGGAUACGUUCACAUUGUAUCUGCUGAGCUUCUCGAUUAUUUACGGCUUCGGACGCGGCCUGACAGUGUCCGCCUCCUCGCUGGCGGUCAACACGUACUUCAAGUCGAAGCGGCGGACGGCGACCGCGUAUCAGUUCGGCGUCGCCGGGCUGGGCCCCAUAGUGUGCCCCUACUUUGCCACGUUCAUGCUGCAGGAGUUCGGGGUCCAGGGCACGACGAUGCUCUUUGCCGGCGCCUCGCUGCACACGAUCGCCUGUUCGCUGAUCUAUCAGCCGGUCAAGUGGCAUGUGGUGAAGCGGGACAAGGACGCGGAGGCGCUGCAGCCGCCCAAGUCGCAGGCGCUGGUCGACGACGAGGACGAGGACAUCAUCAAGCAUGUGGUCGAGCCCGAAACGCCAGUCCUGCCGCGUGCCAACGACGGCUGGUUCGGUUCGCGUGCAUCCCUCAACAGCAGCGGGACACGGAAUCGGCUCAACAGCUGGGACAAGCAACAGGGCGGCGAGCGCGGCCACCUGGAGCUGAGGCGACUCAGCAGCCGUGACUCUGGUGGCGGCCGGCAGCAUCGCAGCAUCUCCGUCAGCCACAGCAUCAAGGAGGAGACGCACGACCAGGACGUGGCCGACUAUGAUUAUGAGAAUCGCGACCAAACGCAGCCGCUCAAGCCGCAGACGCAGCCGCAGCUGCUGACGGCCAAGCAGCUGCAGCAGCUGGAGGACGAGCAGGAGCAGGAGCGCCGCAAGAAGCUACCGUUCUACAAGAAGAUUGUCAUCUUCUUCGAUCUGGAUCUGCUGCGCGACAUCACCUACGUCAAUCUGGCCGUGGGCAUCACAUUGAUUAACUUUGUGGAAAUCAAUUUCGCUAUCCUGACGCCGUUCAUCCUCAGCGAUCUGGGCUUCAACAGCAGCCAGAUAGCGUUCGCCAUGUCGCUGCUGGGCUUCUUCGAUCUGGUCAUACGCUUCCUCAUCCCGCUCAUCACGGCCAAGUUCAGCUGGAGCAAUCGCACCUUCUUUGUCGUGGGCAUACUGGGCAUGUGCCUGGGCCGUGCUCUGCUCUCGCUGACCACCAAUUUCUAUGCGAUGGUGGCGAUCUUUCUGUGGCUCGGCCUCAACAAGGCCUUCCGCACCGUCUUCUGGUCCCUGAUCAUACCCAGCUAUGUGCCGCUGAAACGUUUGCCGGCCGCCGCCGGCCUCCAGCUGCUGAUGUCGGGCACAUUCUCGAUGGCAUUUGGACCUGUGAUCGGUCUGAUACGGGACAAUACCAGCUAUGCGUUCACCCUCAACUGUCUCAAUGCGCUCUGCGUGAUGGCCAUUGCCCUCUGGUAUUUGGAGGAUUGCAUUCGUGCCCGCCGUCGCAAAUCGCCGCCGGUCACCGAUGCUGACUUUAAGUGAGCUGCCGCACGACCUGGACGCAUGCCGCCCGCCUGCCUGCCUGCCCACCAACACCUACACUUUCAUCCAUCUACUUUCACCCAUCCAUCCGCAUAACGUCUAGUUUAGCCAAGUUUUUUGAUUGUUGUCCUUUGUUUUUUUUUUUUGUAUGAUUAUUUUAAAAAUAUUGUUGUUUUUUUUUUCCAUAUGUUUAAAGUGUACAUUUUGUAUAUAAUUAAAUGUAGCAAAUUAUUUUUAUGAAUUAUAUUAACUGUUAAUAAUAUGCGUAAGCUGUCCCAUUCGAAAUGCCAUUUGAUUUUGUUUUGUAUUUAGAGUUCUAUUUCGAUUCGAAUGCGUGCGCCAAUCAAUUUCCAAUUGAUUUAUUCACUUACCGCACAUUUGUCGUAUUCAGCGGCAUUUCAAUUGAUGCUGCACCCUGCAAUGCGCCGGGCAUUUGCGACUGCUUGACACAUUUGGUGACACUUCGAAUCCCAGAUAAGCUGCUCCAGCUGGCCUGAAGAGGCUUUAGUAAAUAUAUAUUUGAACUGGUUUGCCAGUUAUUGGAUUACUAUUAAAGUUUAAAAUAUCUUUCAAAAUGUUUUCGAGUUAGUUAAAAUUUGAAAUGUUAUUUAAAAACAGUUUUGUAAAUGCUUUUGAAAGCACUUUAAAGUCAUAUAACCUAUAAGAUCUAAUCGAUUUACCAUAUAUCGACUAUAUAUAUAUAUAGUGUAAAGCAUAUUUGCAGUGUUGAAAAACGAGUUAAGAACCGACAUAGCUAUUAGCUAUAAGAUCUUUAAGUUUUGUAGAAAGAUAUAAACAAAUUAGAAUUAGCCUAGUCAUGACUAUUUUUUUGGGUACUAUGUAAAAUUAGUUUCUUGAGCCUAUCGUGAUUGAGAACUGUGCAGAUAUCAUAAAUAUUGUUAAGUAUGCAAGCAUAUCUAAUCUUCGGCUUGAUUUUUUUCUAAUUCUUCUUCUAAUUUUUUUUUUGGUUUUUUUUUUUUUGCCAGAAGCGGCAAGUCAUGCCGGCAGCUCAUCAUCGAGCGAUGUGUCAUGCAAUUGCCGGUAAUUGGAUAGCGUGCCGGGGCAGUGCGGCAAGUAUCUGGCAAUGUUGUGAAAUAGCUAUAUAUAUAUAUACAUAUAUAUAUAUAUAUAUGUGUGUGUGUAGGGUGUGAGCCCCAGUGGAACCGAGCAAACUGCCCUUUGGCUGCACAAAUUUGACUGAUUAAUGAAAAGCUUUGCUUUGCUUUGCCCAGCUGGGUCGCUGAUCUCUGAAAGGCGACUUGGCUUUGGAUCAUAAACCGGUUGCCAUUUGCCAUUUGCCGGUUGCCAGUUGCCAGUUGCCGGUUGCCGGUUGUCAGUUGCUGCCUGAACUCGGUCAAUAAACUAACCGCAAAAAUGUGCAUCCCGACGGCUAAGAGCUGGCAGUUAAAUUAAGGAACAUUGAAAUGCAAACUGAGGAUCGCAUAUUUUGAGCUGGGCCUAGUAGCUAGGCAGCCAACAAACUCAAGAUCGUGGCAGGUGUUAACAAAAGUGCCAUAUAUUAAGGCCCAAGUGGAUCGUAGUUAGAUAUAUAUAUAUAUACAUAUACUUAUAUAUGUAUGCAUUUGCACAAGUCACGUCCAUUGAUCAAUGCCUUUUCGACAAUCAAUUCUUUUAUAUCAACACCUCAUAAAUUGGCCAAUAACUGAAGUUGUUUUUAUCGAAUCAUGACAGACCACUAAAACUCACGAUAUGAUAAUCAAACCAGGCAAACUGUGAGUCAAGUGCGCAGUGCAAAGUGGAAAGUCAAAAUUUAGGUGCUCCCCCAGACACACACCCAAAUUCAAAUCCAAAUCCAAAUCUAAUUAAAUGAGAGCUCCCGAAAAAAAAAAA